AUUCUUAUGACUAAUUAUAUACCUGAGACAAAAACCUUUGGCAAAUUUGAUCCACUCUUCCAAAACAAAUAUGAGAAGGUUGGCCCUGAAUUCGGAUAAUUGCAAUAAUGUAAUGCCAUUGUUACUUAUGACAGAGAAAUCUGACUAUUUGGCUGCAAAUGUUGGGAAAUUUGAAGUACAACCAGAAAUCCCUUCAUUUAUCGAAGGACUAGUAAGAAGAACAGCCACCACAAGUGAAUAAAUAUUAAUUAAGUGUAGGUCGUACUCCUGCAACAAUGGCAUGGUUCAGAAGAACAACAUCUUUUGAGAGGAAUGGAAUUUUCAACAUUCACACUCCAGUUAUGAAUACAAGAAUAUUGCCAUGGGUGUUUUUCAUCUUUAUUGCUUAUGGAUGGUAAGGAUAUUAGAUCUCCUCAUGGAAUUCGGUAGUUAAGAAAGAUUCCAAUGAACCGUAAAAUAGUUAUCAACUAUUAUAGACGUAAUACACCAUAUGACAAACUUUCCUUAAGGGAAUUACCACCUGCUAAGAAUUGGGCUAGACCUGGAUGAAAUAAAUAAUAUUCAUAAAAAACCAUCACCAAUAUGUUCUGGC